GGCCCACUCACGCGCGACCGUACGCUCACGCGCUCACCGGAGAGUAUUUCCGAGUGGGUUUUCGUUCGCUCGUCCUCCUUUUCUUCUUCUCAUCUCUCCCUGCAGGGUCUGCUCACAGAGCUUCCUCUUCCAGCUGCCUCUCCAAAGGUAAGUGUAGUUCAGUAAAGUUUCAGGUAUAAAGUUAAAAAGCGUCAACCAGGUGAGAGAGGACAGACGGGGUCCCUUUGAGGACAGAAAGGAGACACGUCUGCUCAGGUGAAGUUUGACAGCGACUGCUUAGGCUGAGCCGGAGGGUACACAAAGUGAGAUACAGGAUGAAAACUAGACAGAGCAAGUUUAAGACACACGCCUGAAGUAAAUGUAUGUUGUUUAACUUUCUUUUCUCUCUUCAACAGACUUUUUUUUUUUACAACCGCUGAAAAACCUCCGGGACUGUCAAGAUGGUGAGUCAUUUUGAUUUCACUUUUUCUCUUCCCGUUGCUGCCAACCCAAAUGAACACGUUAACAAAACUUUAUAUCAAACGGAUGGCUUUAAAAAAAUGUAUUGUCAAUGAAGUCCGUUAUUUAUGCAAAUGUGUGACUCUCCAUACUCUCUGACCUCAAAGACAACGCCCACAUUUUACCAUUACAUAACUUUAAAUGUAAACUAAAAGUGAACUGGAGUUAACGCAGCUCAAACCUUAUACUUCCUGUCGUUCAGACUCUUGAGUUUGUCUGGAUGUCUUGGGCUGUAAUAGGUGUUUUCUGCAGAUGUAGCAGAACAUCUGUUCUGGAUAAAGAAGACUGUUUGCUCAGCAGCUUUGAACAAACAGUUCAAUGAGAAUCUUGUCCUGAUUGUAACAUAAAUGUUAAGAUAGAAACAGUCCAAUGUACUCAUAAAUUAAUGCUAUUAAAGUUACAUUUUUUCUAGUUUGCACAGAUGUGUGUGUGUGCUUGUGUGUGCUUGUGCAAGUGUACAAAAUGUCAAGGGAAGUUAAGGGAAGUUUGGUGUAUGACUCAUAUGGGCUCUGGUCCGCUUGGGCGGGUCUCCCUGUCUCUCCUCCAUGUGUGUGUGUCUGUGUUUUGUGCACACUCUUUUCCACGUCUAGCCCACAGUUUAAAGCGUCCCUCCCUCUUUUAAAGGGGAAUCAUUUCUCUUUCUCUUUGUCAGGGUGGAGCCAUUAAAAAUCUGGUCAGAUUCAUGGUUGUUACUUUGUUAUGGGUCUAUAAGCUGAACUUCUUCCUGGUGUAACCGCUUAAAUGGGUCUUGUACAGAUACGGGACGUACAUGAGAGUCACUGGUGCUUCAUUUCCCUUAUUUUUGAUUAAGCAGUUAGGAGAUGAAAACAAGAAUAAAGUUGACUUGUGCCAACAACUACUUCAGUUUGUCUGAUAGAGCAGAUUCCUCUGUUAUUAACAGUCCAAAAGAAAUAUUUAAAACACACAUGAAGCCAAGAAGCCACACCCCAGUAAUGAUAGGAGCUGUGCUUUCCUAAGUCAGUCCAUCACACUAUUAAAAUAUGCAUUUGUAUUCAUUGAUGGCAGAAAUUGGUCACAAAAGUUUGCAAUAUAUCUGUUUUUCCUAUUUUUUUUAAACCAUUGCAGACAAAAACCAAGCGACACCUUUCAAUGAUAGCACUAUCAUGUACUACAACAUAUACAGAGGUUUAAAGAUUCAGUUUUAUAUAAUAGAGUUCAGUGAGUGCUGUGGCCAUAAUUUUUUUGAAGUAUGGAUGUCAAAUGUCCAAGCAGCACUGCUGUACCAUGAGGGUUUUAAGAGAGCCAGGAUUUUGUAAUAUCUUGUAGUAAUUUGAAAAUCAGUAGUAAGUCAAAAUCAGGUGUACUGUAUGCCCAAAUGUUUGGCUGUUACAAUAUCAGACUUUCACAGUUGAAAAAUUUGCCAUAACAGUAUCACGGCAGAAUUUAACGUAAAUCAAAAAGCGCCAUGCUCUCAGUCAUGGGGUGGGAUAACAUGUUGCAUCAUAAACUUUACUAGUUGGCCUAAUAGUUUACACAACUGACACCCAAACACUGCAAUUGAUACCAAUUCCUAAAUGUUAUGGGUUGAAUUAGAGUACCCUGCUUUCAUCUGUCGUCUCCUUCAUCAUGAUUUGGGCUUCAGUAGUAACUGUUCUGUUUUCAUGCAGGCCACUUAGUUUAAAGGCACAUUGUAAUUUCCAUCUCUCUGCUAUAGUAAGAGUGCUAUGUCUCUGAUAUCCAUCUUUUUUGUUAUGUUUCCCCAAAUGGUGGACUGUGCUUUUUUCAGAUAUGUUUAAAGUUAUAUAACAACUCUUUUAGACUGUUACUGUUCCUCAUUUAGGGAUAAAUAAAUGUAUAAUCUUAGCAUUAAUUUCUAAAGGCCAUACACACACAGAUUUUUCUGUUAUCCAUGAGUUUGUGUUUUUGCUUUUUGAAGAAAUCCUCCAAAGAAAAUUGAGUCUGGAGAUCAGUUUCCAAAAAAUUUUCAACAUUUUUAUGAGCUGUUUCAAUUCAUGAAUACAGCGGGCGUGGCCAUUGGGUCCUCAAAAGAAACUCUUAUCUCAGCUUGAUUGGCAUAAUAUUUACAAGAAAGUUAGCAGAAUGAGAUGCGAAGCUACACAUUAUUUGUCUUUUUUUGUAAGUGGUUGCUGAUAUGAAAAAAAAAAAACUAUUAAAUAGAGCGUACCUUAUUCCUCAAACUGUGAGAGUGGCAUGUCUCAUUAAAGCUGUGAUAUAUCAUAAAUAAAGGGUCACUUAGUCAUAAAACUCCUUCUUACAGAAUGCGAGGGAACUUCUUUUUAUAGCAUGGUGUCUCCGUAGUCAUAAACGCAGCGAUAAGACCCGGCGAUGCUGCUGUCUGUGCUCUAAAGCAGAGAUAGCAGCUAUGACAGCCUCUGUUUACAUAUGGUGGGUCAACAUACCUCCAUCAGAAGCCCCCCGCCUCAGGUCAUGUCUGAACUCGCUCCAAACUUAUCACAAAACCUGCUUCUAACAUUCCAGCUGACGUGAUCUGCAUUGUUAAGUGUUGUUGUCUAAAUACCUUGUUCGAGUUAACGACAAUGCACUCUGAUUAGAUUUUGUUUAGCUUGUGGUAGCUUGAGUGUGUUUAUAAAACACUUGUGGACAUUUUGGCAUCCCGUCCUGCAGAGAGAAACAGAAUCCUGGUUGUCAAGGGCAACUUGUUUUCCGACAGCCCACUUUUUUUCCCUCUGGAUUUUCAAUGGUCAGGAUUCCAGAGACUUUUCCGUAGUUUUCCACUUUAGACAUCUCGCUCCCUGAAACUUGCAGCAGCAGCUUUGCAAUUUCAUUAGUAACGUGUCACAGUUUAGAGGAGCAUCUGAAACUGGAGGAGCUACUAAAAUAAAUCUUAAAGUGUUUGUUUUUCCAGCUCAUGCAUUCCUUCAGUCCAGUCUUUAGCCCCAGUGUGCUGUUUUUCAACUUCUUUAUGGUCUCACAACUACACUUUAUCAUUUUUCAUGUAUAAACAGAUUUACAAAAAGAAGACAUGAACAGAGGGUAAAAAGGCUGAAAAAUUAUGCAAGAUAUAAAACAAAAUUGUAUGAACAAGGUAGUUUUAAUGUGAGAGCUUGUGUGCACAUCUGCUCCAUGCAGCUGCAAGUCAUAAAGUUCAGAGAAUAUUAAAGUAUUCAAAGUGUUCAUGCACAUAAAACAGCCUUGAUAUGGUGUUCUGUCUGCCAGUAAGACUGAACUUAAGUUCUACUGUGUAAUUUCAUAAGUCCUGUAUGCACAGAAGGAAUGUGUAACACGCUGAUUUGUUUAGCAUGAUUUUGCACAUUGAUUGAGUUUAUUCUGUCCGGAUCUGAAGGGGCAAAGUUUCACGGUUAUGCAUAUCUUAAAUUUGAAAUCAUACAUUAAUUUAUUUUCUCCAAACUUCAAACUGAUUAAAUGUGAUUUGUAAAGUUAUAUCUGAUGAAAAGUCAUAGGUAACAAAGCAGGUGUACGUUGAAAAUGGUCAAUCAAAAACAAAACAAGACAGUGAAAACCAGGGAACACUUCAGUGUGUUUAUGAUCAUUAGUUACAUCUGUGUUUCGUAUUGUGUGGUCUGCAUCAUAUUUUUAAAUUUAUAGAGAUAAAAGAUAUAUGUUGGGUAUAUGUACAUCAAGAUAACCCUCCUCUCUCUUUCUCUUCCUUAUUGCAGGCCAGCAGAGGAACCGUGAAACCCAUUGCCAACUUCAACGCCAAAGCAGAUGCUGAGGCUUUGAAAGAGGCCAUGGACAAGUUCGGUAAGAUGCUCAGUUGAAUGUACAUCACCUUUUAGCAUUGUGUAAUGUGAUACGUUGAUGGUGUACCAAUGAGAGUGCUUUAAACCAUGAGUUCCUCUGUGAGCACUUAAAGUAGUAACUCGUGUUGUCCAUGUGGAGCUCCACCUAGACAGCAGUGAGUCAUGAGGCCACAAGGAAUGAUAGAACUUGAAUCACUGUGGGCAGACACAUCUUCUGACCACAACUGUAGCCUGUAAUUAUAAGGUUAAAAAAUAUACCAUCAACAGAGUACGCUAAACAAACACUUCCUGCUUGGUUGAGUAACCAUAGUGCUUGUUGCUAUAGGAGCUGAUAAGACUGUCAUCUUGCAGCUGUUGACUGCUCGCAGCAACGCCCAGAGGCAGGAGAUCCAGACUGUCUACAAAACUCUGUUUGGAAAGGUUGGAUUACAUUCACAGCUGUUGGACACAUGAUCACACAUACAACAAGAACCUUGACAUACUGUACAUGAAAGCCUCAGCGUACUUACACCUGUCCGAGCUGGCAAUGAAAGACAGACCUCAACAGUCUCCCCCUGGUUCCACACCACUGCUUUUUCCAAGAAUUCUGUUGAUUUUUAGUAAAAGAAUUGGUUUUGUUUAUGAGAGUAAGGUGAGGCAGAAUGUACGCUAACAGGCAUUGAUACAAAUUGGUUGUAGCAUCCUCAUAGGAAAAAAAAAUGUAUCUGCUCUAACCAUGAACAUGGAUGGAGUCUAAGUGAUGUCACUCUUUGGUCUCUGCAGCAGUUUUUCAGCCCAAUGUCUGCGGUUUCCAUAAUGGAAACACUGACCUUACUUUUGAUCAGCCCAGCGAAAGGCAAAGACAUGAAGAUGACCUUUUUAGUCAAGUCAGCAAUGCCCUCUAGAUCUUUAAGGGCAUUUAUGGUGUCAGAAGGAGAUCCAUGGAUCAUUUUUUGGGAAAAUUAUCUCUAUAAAAAGUUCGAGAGUUCCUGAUAGAACAUCAGAUCAUGCCUACUUCAUAUUUACCAACCAUUGCACAGGCAUGCAGAAGCUUUCAACCUCAUGCAACAGUUUCAGAAUCAAAGCUGCAACCAUACAUAGAGCAGAUCAUCAACAGAAAAUCCAAAGAUGUGACAUGACAAGCCAUGACAUAUACAAUUUCAAGAAAUCCUGACACUUGUUAAAACCAUAAAAUCCUUCACCGCCAAGUAUGCAGAGUUUUCACUGAGUACAUCAUGUUCUUUAUCACAGGAUCUGGUCAACGACCUGAAGGGAGAGCUCAGCGGCAAAUUUGAGACCUUGAUCGUGGCUCUGAUGUCCACACCCCUGGCCUACGAUGUGACAUUGCUCCGCAAAGCCAUCAAGGUAGGAGCUGUAAUUUUCUAUACAAGAUCUGAUAUAUUACAGAUAGAGAGUUAAUAUAAACUCAGAAUUUUUAACAGCCAGAGAAGCUGGAGCGCAAAUGAUGUUUCAUCAGAUGAUACCCUCUUUGACCUGUAGGGGGCAGGAACAGAUGAGAAGGUUUUGGUGGAGAUCCUUGCUUCCAGAACAACUCAGCAGGUGAAGGACAUCGUCUCUGCCUAUAGAGAGGGUAAACACGCAAACACAAUGACAGAACACGUACAGAGGAGACAAAAACAUUUCUGCAUGUAAAUGUUAUAAUAAAAGAACUGAACUUCCAUUAUUCAUGUGGUUUAAUUCAUCCUCAGGGACACAAGUGCUUGAAUAAAACCCCCAAAAUAUUUCUUGUUUGGGCUAGUGGUCAAAUAUUAUAUACUCAUAUAAAAGGGGGUAAAAAAAACAUUUGAUAAAAAUCCCUUUACCUGAUGUUGAAACAGGAUCAAAAGAGAUUUCAUUUUCUGUUGUGUAGAGUAUAACGACAGUCUGGAGGAGGACAUUACAGGCGACACUUCAGGCCACUUUAAGAGGCUUCUUGUUAUUCUGCUGCAGGUAAAGCUCCUCUUCUCUCCUCUAUCCUAUCCUCUCUCAUUCUCUGUUUCUUCCUCUCCCUCUUCCUUAAGCCUGUUUUCUGUCCCGGUUUCUUCUCCUCUUUUCUUCUUAAAAGAGAUUUCUUCUCUGUCCUCAGGCCAACAGGGAGGUAGGGAUCCAGACGGACAAGAUUGAGAGUGAUGCUAAGGUGAGUCAUCUCAUCAGCAGUUAAUGUUCCUGCACUGAAUCAACAAUGGUGUCUUUGUGUCUCUGCUCGAAAUGUGUGACUAUCACAUGUUUUUAUAGAGAGGACUGAAGUUCUGGCCCCUGAGGUCUGUUUGUGUGGUUAGGAGAUACCAUGAAUAUUUGUCAUGGUGUUAUACCGCCAUCUAGUGGAGGGAGUAGGCAACACUUUCCCUAAAAUGUCUUGGCAAGAUUGAAAAAAAAGGCAAAGUGCUAGGAUUACUGAUAAUUUAGUACAUCACAAACAUAGUAAUGUCAUCCAUUUUAGCGAUACCAGGGUUUGAAUAGUUGAUACAAUCUUGUUGCAAAAAAGCAACGAGAUUAAAAUAUGUUCACUAAAAGAAAAUGCAAGGACAUUGAAAGUGCUCCAAAAUAGAUUAAUUUACUUCUAAGGAACUCACUUUGAAUCUUCGAUUAUCUCGCUUUAUAAUCCAGUCAGUUUUCCAUUAGUGAUGUAAUUAAGUGUGCCUCUGUGAUCAUAGGUCCUCUUCAAGGCCGGCGAGCAGAAGUUCGGCACCGAUGAACAGGCAUUCGUCACCAUCCUUGGAAACCGAAGUGCAGAACAUCUCAGGAAAGGUUUGUCUUAAGAAUAAGAGAUCUGCACAAAGUUUUUUUGCAGCUUUUACGAGAUGAUCAGACUCAUCCUGAACAUGUGUGUUUUAGUUUUCGAUGCUUACAUGAAGAUGACCGGGUACGAGAUGGAGGAGAGCAUUAAAAGGGAAACUUCCGGAGCCCUGAGAGAUCUCCUCCUCGCUGUUGGUAUGGGAUUUCUCUCGACUCUUUCUGUUAUCAGCUUUUUUUUUUUUAAGUUUUUUUUUAUUUCAAAGGUUUAUAAAUAACACUUUUACAAUUAUUUGCCUGUCUUUCAAAGUGAAGUGUGCCAGGAACGUUCCAGCCUAUUUUGCAGAGACUCUUUACUACUCAAUGAAGGUAAGACAACAAAGACGGCUAAAAUCCUGAGAAACUUUGGUGCCAUUUCAUUGUUUAACUUUUUUUAGUAAAGCAUGAUGAUGCCUGCAAAAUGCAACAUCCCAGUGACAAAAACAGCCUAUCUUGAAUCACUAUUGAGACCUCGGAUAAUGGACAUUUAAACCUGUCAGGUCUGGCCUCAUCUUUUAGUUUUAAAAGUUGUUUCUCCGUUAAGUACACCUACAUGGUUGUGUUGAAUGCCCUGCAUCAUAUAUAUCCAUGUGCUCAGGUUAUUCCUAUAGAGGAUACGUUGGCUUUUUUGUGAAUCAAGUUAAUUCCUUAAAUGAAAAAUAAUCUUCAGUUUGGCUGCCCAAAUCAUCAAAAAAUAGUCAAUGUAUACACUUUUUUCCCCAUGAAAUUUGACCUUGUGACCUUUGCAAUCCUGUCCUUUUUGAAAGUAAUAGUAACUACAUUUGGCCAACAUGUAGUGGAGAUCAGAUAAAGUAAGAUAAAAAGAGAUAAAGUUUUAGUAACUUGAAUCUGCUGAGCCGACUUUAAAGUAGCUGAGCCCUAAAUAAUGAAAAUUUUAGAUCUGAAAACAAUGCUGCUUGUAUAAAACUCGUCCCCUCUAAAGUUUCCAUGAAUGAGGAAAUAAAAUGACUGAAGCCCUUUUUUCAUUGACCUGUAACUUGUUUUUUCUGCAGUUUAGAUUUACACUAUGUGGAGAUGCAGGUGUUGAUGAACUCUGAAAAAUGACCUCUAGUGGCCAUGAUAUGAACUGCAAAUCUAAGGAGAAGGUUGAAGGUUUCCAGGUUUUACAAAUAAAAACGCUAAAAUACUGCUGAAUGUAUUCAUGAGCAAUGUCACACUUAAAGGUAUUAUGAUUUCAGUCUUUAUUUAAAGCUUUGGAAACUGCCUCUUAGUUGCAAAACCAAUAAAUAUUAUUUAUCCCUGUGCAUAUUCAAUUGACUGAUGAUCAAUCUGCAUUGUUUCAAGAUAUUCACAGGAUUGUGGAGCCUCUGGAGAAGCCUAAUUUCUAGCUACAUGAUAGAUUAUUCUAACGUGACCUGUGUAUCGGUUCACAGUCAUUAUGUUUGUGCCUUACUUAACAGGGUUUAGGAACUGAUGACAACACUCUGAUCAGAGUGAUGGUGUCUCGCUGUGAGGUGGACUUGUUGGACAUCAGGAAGGAGUACAGGAGGCUGUUUGCCGGCUCUCUGCAUUCCAUGAUCAAGGUACACACACACACAAACACACACAAUCCACUGCACUGUACACGCAUAAUCAUUAUCAGGACCUGUUUUAGGAUCCCUUAACCUCUGAAUCUUGUUCUUCUUUUUCCUGAAUCCUGUUUUAUGUUUCAGGGAGAUACCAGCGGAAACUACGAAAAGGCGUUACUGUUGCUCUGUGGAGGAGAUGAUGCGUAACCGUGGUGGCAAGCAAUUCAAUAGGAACCACACCUGAAGUGUCUCCUCUAUAUAACUGUUGUUUGACAGAGACAGUCUCAUCAGGCCCUUUUUAACUUUAACUCUGGAUAAUGUCUUUGGAAGGUAGCUAACUUUUUUUAUGUUCACCUUUUUGCAGCUUUUGGCUGACUAAUCUCUGCAAUAUGACUCUAAGGAUAUCAGUCAUGUUCAUCGCUAAAGGACCAAUUCAGACCACAUUUUUUUUGUUUGCACUUUGCAUGGCAGAAAUUAAACAUGCAUAAAUAAACAUUCAGAUGCCGAAGUACCAA